CUGAAAAUGAAAAAAAUAAUCAGAAAGAACCUUGGAAACAAAUAACUAAACAAAUUAGGAGUUUAUUAGAAAAUAUGUUUCACGCAAGAACCGUAGAUAGUAAUAACAAGAUAUCAGGUGAGGAAAUAUAUGAUGAAUUAUUAAAAUAG